UUUGUUGAUCAAAACGCUGCGUUUUGGGCCACGUUAUCAACAUUUUUAAGCUCUUCAAUGGCUUCUCCAUUGAUGAAUCGAGCUACACAAACCCUAGAACUGAAGAAAUUAAGUUAAUGGGUCAUCUUAAAACUGGUUUUCAGCAUCUGAGUCGAGAUCAAAAUCUCACAAAAACCCUUAAGGGGUUUGGGUUUUUCAUCAUAUGAAGAGAGAGAAAAAAAGGAACUGGUCAGGUCUGAACCAGUAGUUCUGAGAUUCUGGCGCAGAUUUGGGUCGUGGGCUUAGUUAGAACUAGUUGUUUUUUGGAUUUUUGUGUUGUUCUUGGGCUGUAGAUGCUGCUGAUUCACGCGUUUGGACUCAGUUCUUGAACAUGGCCAGGCGUCAUGGAUGGGAACUCCCUGCUCACACGUUUCAGGUUGUGGCUAUAACAGUCUUUUUCUUGCUAUCUGUCGCAUUUUAUGCCUUUUUUGCUCCCUUCCUUGGGAAGGAUAUCUAUGAAUAUGUGGCAAUCAGUGUUUAUUCUUUCUUGGCGCUUUCUGUAUUUAUACUUUAUGUUAGAUGCACAGCUAUUGACCCUGCUGAUCCUGGAAUUCUGAUUGAAGGUGACAAGACAUCAACCUAUAGAUCGCAUAAUGACACAGAUCUUCCUGGGAAUGCAUCUUCUAUUGAAGAACCCAGCAAGAUUGGAUUGAAAAAUGGAGAAAAAUCAGACAGGCGUGGUUCAAGUUGUUGUUCCAAACUUGGAGGAUUCUUUUGUGGAUUUGUCAUAAAGGAAGACUGCCGCAAAGAUGAUGAUCUUCUGAAGCAACAAUCUGGGGAGGAAGAUGCACUGUUCUGUACAUUGUGCAAUGCUGAGGUACGCAAAUUCAGCAAACAUUGCAGAAGUUGUGACAAAUGUGUCGAUGGGUUUGAUCAUCAUUGUCGUUGGUUAAAUAAUUGUGUGGGGAGGAAAAAUUAUAUCACGUUCGUGUGCCUUAUGGCAGUGAGCCUUGUCUGGCUCAUCGUUGAGUUUGGGGUUGGUGUUGCCGUCCUCGUUAGAUGCUUUGUUGACAGGAAGGAUACAGAAAAUCAGAUAGUUGAAAGGCUUGGAGUUGGAUUUUCCCGGCCCCCCUUUGCUACUAUAGUGGCCCUUUGUACAGCUGUUUCAUUGCUGGCCACAGUCCCUUUGGGGGAACUAUUCUUUUUCCACAUGAUUCUGAUGCGAAAGGGUAUCACAACCUAUGAGUAUGUUGUUGCCAUGAGAACCCAGAGUGAACCUCCUGGACCAUCUGUAGAUGGAGGAGAGCAGCAAAGUAUGCCAUCUUCUCCAACCAGCUCUGCUGUGACAGCUAUGAGUGGAAGAAGUUCUCUUGGAAUGAGCUUGCAGUACAAAGGUGCUUGGUGUACUCCUCCCAGAAUCUUCAUGGAUCACCAGGAUGAAAUAAUCCCACAUCUUGAGCCUGGACGGCUUCCAUCCACAGUAGACCCAGAUGCCAUACAACCACAUGACAAGGGGAAAAGAUUACCUCAACGUCCGGUCCGAAUCAGUGCAUGGAAGCUUGCAAAAUUGGAUUCUAAUGAGGCGAUUAAAGCAGCUGCUAAGGCUAGAGCAUCGUCAUCUGUCCUAAGACCAUUAAGCUCUCAACACCAUCAAUAUGAUGCUGAUCAUCUAUCCAGUGGCGAUACGAGUGGCAGAAGCAGUCCAAUCAGUACCAAUCAACGAUUCCAAGCCAGAAAUUCUCGAGUAGGGACGUCAAGGUUGUCUCCUUCCAAGAGCUCAUAUCCUCCCAGUCGUGCUAGCGGAGAAGAUCUUGAUACAUGUGCUCACAGCUUUAGUAACAUUAGCAGUCCUAUCGGCGCCACCAUCUCCCCAUCUCCAAUGGAGCUGCGGGCAUCAAACAAAGAUCACUUCAACCCCAUAUAUCAGUCAUCAGCGGGCCAAUCUCCUUGGUCAGCAAGAGCAAGUGAUGUGAAUGAAAGCGCUGCUGCUGCUGUUCGUGAUAAUCUAGCACAAAUCCCCAUGACGAAAAACUACUUCGGUGCUGGAGAUAACUCAAGAUCUUCGGUAUUUUGGGAUCAAGAAGCCGGGCGCUUUGUCUCCUCAUCUUCCAGCACUGCUGGCGGUGCUGCUCAGGUUCCCAGAACAGAGCUCACAUAUUCAGGUCAAUCUAUAUUCUUUGGUGGUCCUCUCAUGAAUGAACAAUCAACAAGAGGGGCAAGAAACCCGGGUUUUCGCUCUGCCAGCAUGGAGAGAACUUCAACCUCAAAUUACUAUCAGCAGGGGAGAUCCCAGAGGGGUGGCCAACUUCCUGUCUUUGUUCCAAGUGAUUCCCAGCAAACCCAGUUCUCUUCCAGAUUGCCUUGAGCACUUGAACGGGGAAGCCUAUUCAUUUUUCCCGGAUAUGUAGAGUUAGAGCCAGAAUCUUCUUUCAUUUCCACUUCUGUUCUUUUCCUUGUUUUGUGCAGCUCUUAGAUGACUAUAUGCCAGAGUUGCACCCUUCUGAGUACUAACCCAGACACUAAUGUUUGAUGGUUUUUCUCAUUUUAACACUUGUAGGCUUGUAGCUACUGAUCAUACUGAUAAUAUCUAUCUUCCAUGACCA